GUUCAAAUACUAAGUACAUAUCGGUAGCGUCUGAGUACCAUACGUAUGUUUUUAAUAUGCAAUCUUGGACUUGAAAACUAAAAUUUGCUUGGGACAGUUUGGGAAUUUUUACCACAGGGGGCCCUUUUCUUCAUCACGGAGGAUUGAAACGAUGUAGAAGGAUGGAAGUAAGAGGAAAGAUGGUGCAAGUUUCCGUUCUCGAGAUUUUUUGACGGUUCACCAGUGACUACCCUUUGACCAUCGCUCCGACUGCAAGAAGAGAUGGCGGCCACAGCUGAAGACACAGCGUUGUCAAUUGGUCUAAUAGCCGGCAUCCUCGGCGGCCUCAUAGGUCUGGCCGUACUGUUCGUGCUGCUGGGCAAGUUCUGUUCGUGUAUCAACUGGAAGAAGUGCAAGUGUGCGCGUAAAAAAAAGGAAGACAAAAAGGAGGAAGAAAAGAAAGAAGAAGAGAAGAAAGAAGAGGAGAAGAAAGAGGAAGAAAAAGCUGCCGCGGCCGAGGAGAAAAAAGAUAGUCCGCCGGAAGAAGUGAAGCCCGAGGAACUGGAGUACCGGCGGCCGCCGACAGCCGCAGCUGCGCCUGUGCCUAUCGUCGCGGCCGUGGCCAUACCUGGGCAGGUCGAACAGGUUGGGGCGCCUCCGCCUCAGAAAAGGGAUUCGCUACCACCACUUAAAAGACUUCCUAAGAAAGGAAUAAGUUUCGGCAAUGGAUUUGAUACGUUCGUGGAUGAUGACCUAGCACCACCCCCGCAGUACAACCUGUACGAAUACGAAGUCAACAGACCUGUAGAGGGUCUGGUUGGACAAUUUCGAUUCAAGUCUCUUCGCGAGCCUCAGAAGUUUCAUUAUGAAGAAGUCAAGGUUCAUGGUUAUGUCAAAGAAGCGAUGGACAUAGUGUGAUGCGCUUUUUCUGCAGCGAAUUGAUGACCACUUUGCUAAUAUAUUCGCCCGUCCCGGCCAUACCUAUUCGCCUUUGGCAAGUGUUUACCGAAGGUGUCUCCAUGGCAAAACUUUGAAGGUCACGCCGGCCGCUGCAGCAGUAUGAAACCAGAGUCGUUCAAGAAAGAUAUCGAAAGACUCUGGCACAUCGAAUGAACAGUGUCUCCUGUCAUUGUUUGGAUAACGCUUGAAAACGUCCGUAGGAGAUGUUUUGUGAUAUCUUAAUUCUGAUUCGUCAAAAC